AUGGCGUCCAUAUUGGAAUCUUAUGAAAAACAAUACGGAAAUCUGACUAGCGAGAUAACGGCAAAACUUAAUAACAUUGCUCGUUUGGAAGGCGGUGAGUGAAAUUUCGCUGUCUGUUUUGUCUUCCAUGAUGCUCUUCCUGCAGUUGAUUCGCUAACACUGUUUCUGUGCCGACUUAAUUUUUAAUAUUUUGCUAUGCCGAAGUUUCGUCCUUGUUUUACGCAACAGAAGGGCAGUGCGACCGCAGGAUGCAUUUACUGAUAGUACACGAUUGCCAUGUCAUGGUACCGUUUUCGUGUUCGAACACUUUGCGCUACACGCUACGGUAGUACUCUCAGGUCGGUGGAUGUACAUUUAUCUGGCGUAAAUUGGAUACGUUAAUGUUGAUUACCAUUAUGGCUGUAUAUCAAUGUACAAAUGAACAUGUUUAACAAUGUGUCUAGUAGAAUAGUCCACGCAGGUCUAGUAACGAACCCCGGAUGCCUAGUCAUCAGUCUAGAAAGCCUAAGGGUAAUGGCCAUUUGAGAAUUCUUUGAUUCUGUACAUUUCGUACUACGUCGAGUACACUUCAAUAUGAAGUGAUACACCCUAGGGUGUAUUGCCAUAUACUGAGUCUACUAACCGCCAAAAAGGAAGAUAGAGAUGAGUCAUAAAAUCUUUUUGUUAACUAUAGUUGACGAUAAAUAUAUUUAUAACCAGGCAGAAAAUUAAGUUAAAUAUUGACUAUUGUUGCAAUGGUCGUUCUUUUUGAUGUAGACGCUGGUAGAAGUGAUCUAGGCAUUACGUCUAACUGGAAGGGACUAAUGCAUACGUAGUAGGGAAUAUGUAGUGACCGAUGACAUCGAGAACAGCUUACAUCGAGUCAGCAAAAUGCUGGAAAUAAAUCCUGGCUAAAACCGAUUUGAAUAGUUGUUAACAUGUCACUAUACUCAUCCAGGCGAAAGAGUAGAAGAAUUAGGUCGACAUAAAUAUAUAAUGGGAACUGGAGACUGGGGAUAAAUGGUAAUGGUUGAUUGCACAAAUAGGAUAAAUUACAACGGGGAGGGGGUGUGACCUGUCUGGAUGCAGAGAUGACACUGACACGCCCGCUACACAACUAGUGGGAAACGCAGCGCUGUGGGCCACUGCAGGGGAAGGCCGUGGGAGGUGCCGACGUAAAAAGGGAGGAGAGAGUUGCGACGCGUUGUGGGAUUUGGGUAGGCGGUAGAGAAGGAAGGCUACCGUUCAUUUUUGUCGACAGGAGUUACACCACCACCAAACCAGAUCUGCGCGGGAAGUGUCUACUUUAUUCAAACAACAUAAAGUUCGUGGGGCAGUACAUAUAGACUGCAAAGUGUGACCGGAGUUCGUCGUGGUCAGAUUUUGAUUGUUUAAAGAUGGAAUCAGUCGCCAGUUACAGUUUAUGCAUCCUUUCAGAUGGCACUUACUUUCGCUGUUAACUUACGUCAAAAGUUGGUUCUGCAUUCAAUCACUCAUCCUUUUGAGGGUGGGACGUUGGUUGUUAGUUAUUUACGGCGCAGAUUACUUUAGGGACUAUGGAUUGACAAACGAUUCCAUAAUAAACGAUUUGGAGGUGGCAAACAACUUGAUAUACUACGCCAAAACAGUAUUGUUUUCUAUUCACAGACAUAACAAGGCGUGCAUGUUAUUUUUAUACCAUUUCUGGCUGAACGGCCUAAAUGAAGUUUUGGAACGAUGUCACUGCCAGUGACGCGUUGGCGGCGUAUCUUUUGCUAAGUUUUUCUGGUUGGUUGGCGCGUUUUACAGCGGACUAAGAAAACUACAAGGAGCCGAUAAAAAUUCUUACCCCACCGAAAGACAUUAAUCCAAGGAAGGAACGCACGACAAGGGGAGUCUAAGCUAACAGGAGAGCGUUAGGUUUGACGGGUGUGCGUUGGAUAUACUCGCCCCCCCCCUCCCCUAUGAGCGACAGCAGGAGAACUAAAGUUAGUUAAUGCAUGUUUUAGGCCUUUUUGUGGUGAAGGUACCCAAAAAGUAAGAUGUAACUAUUUUCAAACUACUCGUUGUAAGGGGUGAUUAAGUUCGCCUAAGAAUUUUCACAUUGUCACGUUCAAACCAGAGUACAAAUGGCGAUCAUGGCGCUAGGGAAAACUACCCAGGACAAAGAACCAGGCAUUUGUUCGAGACCCGCCUGUACUAAAAUUUGACGGCGGCCAGCUCAAGCACUUCCAGACCCGUAUCAACUAUAAUCUAGUUGAUGAAGGCAUGAUUUCUGGCUAAGAUGUUUCCUGCCCAAACUAUCGUAACGCGUACUCUGGCUUUUGUAGCUAAUGCUCUGGGUAUGUCACAAGUUCUUCUGUUCGUAUUUUAACGUCCAUUUAGUGGUGUACGUUCGCUCAACUUUUUCACCCUUAUCUAACUUCGUUUUUAUUACUCGCUCCCCUUUCGACAGCCAAAUGGGUGUAUUUGGCUUUGCGAUAGAUCACUGAAUGGUAGAGGGGUGCUCACCGAUCGUUUUUACGGGAGUAACUCGUCCCGUCGUGCCUUAGGUCUCUCUCCCAAGUCCAAUCAUUAGCCACACAGCAGCACAUGGCAUACGCAGAAUAGCAGAUCACUUAAUUCUGAUCCAAGCGCCUAUCUUCUAAGAACUGCGCGUAGCAUUCCACAGGGAUAUCAAUGUAACUCUUUUUUCGCAUUUUACGAGCAUUUUAUUGGCACCAAAGUUCUACCGUUGGCGUACUGGCAAGCUUGGUUUAGAUAAAUGUUUAUUCGUGUUUCGCUUCUCGUAGCUUGAUGCAUUAUCUCGAGCCUCGUCAGCAAGCAAAAAUAUGCGGAAAAGAUAUGCAAAGAACUGUCCGCCAAAAAGUGCACAUCAUUCUGAGAGAAUCGUAAAAAUGCCCAGAUUUACUUUUCGCUUGUAGGAUGACCGGAUCCCGCUCUCAUUUACUGUCGAUUGGGGAAUACCAAAUCAACAAAUAACUCACACAAGGAUGUUUUUUUCCAAUUAGUGCUGCAUUUUAAUUUGGUAAAAGACCCACAAGAUCGCAAUCCCAAUUAUUUUCUUCAUUCUCCUACUUUUACCCCAAGGAAUUCAUUUGGAUAAACGUCACUUGUCCGGAUGAAUAACAAUUAGCGCCGUUUUAUUGCAUCCAACCCUCCUUUUUCGAAAAAAAACCAUAUCGAAAAACUUCUGACUUUCAAACCGUUUCUUUCACGUGGCCUGAAACUCUGUUAUUAUUAACAAAUUGUAUUCAGAAUUACUGACUUCUUUUAAACUACGCAUUUUUGGUUUAAGGUGAUCGAAAACCUGAAAUCGCUGCCACAUCGCGACUUUUCGAGGAGACUCGCGAACUGCUGGAGCAGAUGGGCCUGGAAAUUCAAGAGCUUCCCGGAGACCAGAGACCCAAGUAUUCAACACGUAUCCAAUCCUAUCGUCAGGAAUUGGACAGGCUUGCUCAGGAAUUUGUACGUUGGAUUUUAAGCCUUGUUUUCCCUUUUCGCGAAACUGUCUACUGCGUUAGUUAUUAAGGCAUGAUUCUGACGAGACUUAGAGACAGAACUAGCCAUUUCUGGUCAGUUGGCUAUCGCCAGUAUGUGAUAUCUUAAUGGUUGAAGACCAAUAGGCUAGAAGUGGCCUUCCAUCCAAAUUCUUUUUCAGUAACACCGAUUUUUUGCUCGCCUCUGUGCUCUAGAUCUAGGGGUCAGAGACAAAAUAACUAUGUCCAUUCCUUUCUCGCGUUCAGGAUUAAUCGAUGAACGCCACCCCUAUGUAGGUCAAUUACUUCCACCUGGUUGGUAAGCCAUCGGCCGUAUACGUUUGUCAAACCCGACUUCCAGAACGUUCUCAGCCAAUGUGAAAUCUAGGCGCUUUGUCUGUCUCUGGCUGGUGUUUUUCUAGCCUAUAUUACAGAGAAUUUCGUCUGAUCGGGAAGUUUCCUUGACGCUAUCUCCCCUGUGUUUCACUUCAGACUGUGUAGAGCCAUGCCUUAGGAUUUCUUACUCCUUACCGUCUCCAAUUAGGCAACGGCGUCGGACUCGGCGCAGCAACCAGAAAUUCGCCUGAACCACCUCAACUGGUUUUCUCAGGCCGCCUGAGAUAUUAUUGCGAUGUCGCCAUGAGUGUUGAUGGUUUCAUUCCAGGCGAACUUUCCAGACCCCAUUCUGAGGGUCGAAGAUAUCCAGUUUUCCCUCAUCCUACAUGCAACCAUGUAUGCGGGCAAACGCAUGACUACCCUUUUCACAAUGACUUUGUAGAUUCAGGGUUUCUUACUCCUAACCGUCUCCAAUUAGGCAACGGCGUCGGACUCGGAGCAGCAACCAAAAUUCGCCCGAACUAAUUUUCUCAGGCCGCCUGAGAUGUCAUUGCGAUGUCGCAAUGAGUGUGGAUGGUUUCACUCCAGGCGAACUUUCCAGACCCCAUUCUGAGGGUCGAGGAUAUCCAUUUUUUCCCUCAUCCUUCAUGCAGCCAUGGAUGAGGGUAGACGGAUGAAUACCCUUUUCACAAUGAAAUUUUCUGACCAACCCAUAGAAGACCGUCAAAGACCGUGCGAAAGCAUCAUUUCGGGAGCUAUGUCUACUACCCCCAAAUAUUUGGAACUACUUUCAUUGUCUAGCUGACGGUUACCUCCUAGUUGGAAAGUUGAUUUAAGAACACUUUGGCUUUUUGUCGUCUUAAUGACCAAAGUAGCAGAUUUGGCGAUCGUCUUCACUCUAGGAACAACGUGCUGGAAGACAUAACCUGAUUUUAGGCAUACCAUGUCGCUAUGAUAGCUGAGAUCUGUCAGUUGACCUCCAAGAAGGGGGUCGAGACCACCCGCAGGGCUUUCUAGAAUUUUUAGCAAGAAUCCAUCCAACCGUCUUCCUCCGUCGAACUCCCACUUGUCAUCGUCUCUCUGAAGAGUUAGUCAUUCCGAUUUCACGCCAUCCAAAUUGCAGUUCCAUAGGAUAUUCUCUUUUGCUUCUUCAAACGCCACUUGUUCCUGCCAUUUUACGUAUGAGAGGAAGUGAGACGACUUCUGAAAUGAGGCAGCCCAAGUCCGUAUACUGCUAACUACUAUUUUACUCUCGACCAUCCAUCUGCUUUUUUACAGCGGCGCCCACGCUACGGCCUUAAUGCGCCAGCUAAUUCCGCCUUUGACGAGACAGGCCUCCGCGAGGAACUCCUAGUGGACAGCGACAUGCGAGCCGGCCUGUUGACCAACACGGAACGUGUUGAACGGACGGGUCGGCGUCUUCAGGAGGGCCUCCGCACUGCCUACGAAACCGAGGAGAUCGGUGGGCAGAUACUAAGUGACCUGGAUCACCAACGAGACACCUUACAGCGGAGUCGUGAUCGGGUAUGUAGUGCACACUGUACCGCCCCUAUUGCUUGUCUAACGAUACAUUGACAGCACUGCGAUAGAUGAUCCUGUUUGCCCUUUCGGUUAGCAGAUACCCAUAUGAAUUUUAUUCAAUAGACAGAGGACAAAGUGGCAUUUGGAUGGACUCUAGGACGUAUAGAAGACAACCAUUUAGGAAUCACGGAAUCGGCCGUACUUGUACUUUUAGUAGUGUAGCGGCACAGCAGUGAGAAUACGUGGUCUGAGCGCUACAACCACCAGGUCGAAUCCCAAGUCGUAAGGAGAAGACGGAAGGUACCAGAAUGAGAGUUUUAUUGUGCACAGAACCCGGAGUUGUCCUUUCAGGCGGCAGUGACCACUGGCGAAGCCAGGGCUGGUGUUGACUGCGUCCAGUCAUUCCUGAGAGUCUUUGGGACAGUGGUGGCAGCCGCUUUUGUAGGCUCGUGGGCCAAGCUCAAGUGGUGUCCAGUCGGCCGAGGGGUGGUGUCCCAGUGGCAUGUUUUGUUGGUUUCAGGGGGUGGCGCGUUCAGAUGGCGCAUGGGUAGCCGCGACGCUGUGUGGACGCAAUUGUGUCCGCGCUGAAUUCGGUCGAGUGGCUUCAGGUCAGCUCGUCUGGGACGGCUCGCUGCAAGGGGUGAAUGACCUUGAUGCAGCGAAGUCUUGAACAAUAUCACCCGACCGAUUAUGAUGACUCCCGCUACAGUAGCAUCCGUUACAAAUUAUUCAGCCCACAUUUUUGGAGUCCAGCACAUUAGGAGCGAUUGCUUUCCAUUGCAGUCGGUCGGCCGCAGACUUCCGCUCUAAGUUGAACCGACUGGCACGCCAGCUUUCUUUACCGAGGACCUCCCUCAGGGUCAACUUUCUUCACGCCAAUUCACCUCGACGUCGUAGCCAGCAAGUGCCAAAAUGGCGGCCCCGACAACUUCGGCUUCAGGUUGGCGUAGCCUACAACUGAGCCAUCUCGCUACGCAAAUAGUCAGGGUGCAGUUAAUAUAUACUGACUUUUUAGUUGGAAGAAUCUCUAUAUGGCGCAAACAACACAGACCACUUGCAGGCGGUGAAUGUCGUCGGGGCUGACGGACAAUGUCUAUCAAUCCUAUAGAAGAAUUCCCGCAUCUGACGUCUCGCAUAUCUGAAGCUUUGACUUCGGACUCGUCUCAUGCGGACUCCAGAUGUUUCUAAGAAAUCGGUCGAGGGUCUCUAAAGCUCUCUUGGUGGACAGAAACUUUGAUCCAAGGCAACGGAAGUUGUCCACUCGCUCAAGAGCCUAGUCGUCUACAGCGACAAAGCAGAUCCCCACGACUGCGAAACUAAACUUGCUUGUACUUGAUACUGCUGCGAUCAUGCCUGACCUAGCCGGCCUCGAUGAUGUCCCGAACUGUGCCUCUCCACGCGUGACGAUCGGCGGCAGCAGAUCUAGACAGCUCAAUCCAUUCCCUUUGCCAACGACGUAGACCGAAUACCGAAGGUUCAAGAACCAUCAUGUCUUGACGAACUGUGUCGAGCCAGGUUUUGAACUGACCUCCCCCCCCUCGACGCCUCCAAUGGGGUGAUACUGCCGGAUCAAGGGCAGUAACAUUGAGCUCCUGAGGUGGACGACGAUGAACAUGCCCGAACCACCUCAGUCGUCUUUCUUGGAUGGCCUAAAUUAUCCUUGCGAUGUUGUCGCAGCGAGCACGGACCGUCUCAUUUGAGACAAAGUCGGUGAACUUCACUUGAAGGAUGGCCCUCAAGCAGUGAUGGUCAAAUACCUCCAGUUUUCGCUCGUUCUCCACGCAUGAAGCCCAGCAUUCACAACCGUAGAGAAGAACAGAUGCACGGUACACGCGAAUCUUAGUGGCGAUGGAGAGGCCGCGUCGGAUCCAUAGGCAUUUCUGAAGGCUUGAGAAAACCCAGCGGGUAGCAUCGAUUUGGAAGACGAUGUCGUCCCUACUCUGUCCUUUAGGCAGCAGCCUCGCCCCGAGGUAUUUGAAACUGUCUACUCCUUCACGUGGACAGCCAUCAAUCCCGAGGUGUGCCUUCUCCUGGUCAGGGAUACAGCUUUAAAACGCUUUAGUUCUCCCAGCGUUUAUGGAUAAACCGAUUUAGCGACCUCGUUCACUUGUGACACCGUAGACUGCAGAUCACAAAAACUUGAAGCAAGUAAGGCGAUAUCGUGAGACUAAAAGUGACUAUUGCGCUGCCGUUUCGCCUAUCUAAAACACAACGUACUGCAUUUUCACAAGAGGGCUUCCCAGCACCGCAACAAUAUGGACGCAGCCCGGAUUCGUGCAGCAACCUGCCGUAGCAGCAGAGUGAUUUACGAGUGCAUGUUGGAGCUGCCACGUAGUUGAGUUGCGUUUGUGGCAAAACGCAUCCCAGACGGUCACCGAAGAAGUCACUCUUCUCAUAAUUAACACAAACUGUAGCCCUUGUUUUGUCAGUCGGGGUUUUGAUCAGGUAGAGCAAUCCCGUUAGCAUACCAGUCGCGCGAAUCCCAGUGGGCAGAGACAAAGUCCGUGGAACCGAGGUAGGUAGGUUGUUGGCCGUACUGGCGGUUCGCGAUGUGGACCAACUGCGAGUAUGUCGAUGGUCAGCGCUAGACUUGUUGUUGGGUGGCAAAUUGAUCCUUGCGGUAUCAUUGGCGCUCGGAAGGUCAACCACAAAGCGCGCGGACCAUACCCCUCGUCAUCUAGUGCUGUUACUCACCGGAAAGCUGUCGCGUGGCGUGCUACUCCGUGAUUCUUGCCCGAACGGGGGGGGGGGGGCUGGGGCGUCCCCAUCCAACAGUCGAAGAUGCAAGGACAAUACCAAACGCCAACUGAAGCAUUAUCGGCUGGUAGGUAACAUUUACCAUUUGGUUAGACCGCUAUGGCUUGCAGCAUGUUUAUGGCCUAUCAGAGCGGUUUCCAGCCGCGCCUGAAGGUACUACCGCUGCGCGGUGCGGGGCUUCUUGGUGGCAAGACUGGAGGGCCAUCUCACUAUCCCAUUAUCUGUGGUCGCGCUGUACAACAUCCAGCCUGACUGUGAAGUAGUUGUAUUCACCGUGGCCGCACCCUCAUCACAUGUUGGUGUAGCAUGGAGUAAAACCAGUUUUCCUAGCUGGAAUUGGGAUUAGGAUCGCCCGGAUUCUGGGUGAAUUCCUUAGGAAAUCCUGCUUGGGCAGUCAACUUGCUGUAUCAGAUUUGGUGGAUUCCAGACGUUGCAGUAGGUUAGGCUGGUGAUUUGACCCAAAUAUGAUCAAACUCACGCCUUCCGGUGGGGCCUCGUAGCUCAAGUGGCUAGAGCGUUGGCUGUACUAAAACCUUUCCCUUGCUUUCGUGGGUUGGAAUCCUACCGAGGCGCCGAGUUUCUCAAAGUUGGGUCAAUAUGAAUUAUUAAAAAUCUGCCGAAACAUCUGUGAAUUAGGGUUAUCGUUUGGGGUUAGUGAUUAGUGUUGGAACUAGUGUGAGGAUUUAGUACAAGUUAUUGGAAUUAGGGUUCUAGGUCGGACCCUAGCUGCAAUUCUCAACCCAGCCCUAGGUCUUCCCUCGUAUCCCUUACACUACUCCGCUAUCUACACCUUAAUCCUAACCGUAAACAUAGCCACAACUGCAGCUUGGGUCGGGGGUAUGCGAUCGUGCCAGGGGGUUCUUGAAGGUGCUCAUAGCCUAGCAUGGCGCGUAUUUCCCAUACCGAUGUGUAGACAAGGAGGCAAGUUGUUGCUGAGAUCUUCCUAUCAGUCCCUGUGAGCCAUUCCGAGGAUUGCUAUCCACCUCGAAACCACCGUCCUCGCCCUGAUGCUAUGUGCUACUUGGCGUUUCGAUUGCCCCAGAAUAGUACUUUUACUAAUGAUCGCGGAAUUUCGAGUUCCAGGUGUAUGCAUAAGUGAAGAAGAAGAUUCGAGCACUGGAACACUUCGUUUAUUGUCCUGAGCUUUCAGACUCGUGCAGGAGUCCAUCGUCAGAGGUAGCAGCAGCAACAGAACAAGCGACAGUUAUAAGGCAUGUAGGCCGAUCAUCGAACGACGGCGCAGGACUGGAGGUGACUACGCAGGACGCAUGCUCGGAUCGCGCAUACACGAACAUAAGCUGGCUGUGCCACAAGGCGACGCAUUAUCACAAGUGGCCGCCCACACCUACGAAAUGGGUCACGAGUUUAACUUCGCAGCCGCCAAGGUAAUCGCCCACGCCGGAAACAAAACAGGCCGAGAAUUGAUUGAAGUCUGGGCCUCGGAUGAGAACUAGAUCAAUCGAUUUAUCGAUCUGGCGCCGGCGUACUGAGCCCUGCGUAGUCACCUCCAAACUUGCGCCAUCGGUCGAUGAUUGGCCUACAUGCCUUAUAACUGUCGCUUGUUCUGUUGCUGCUGCUACCUCUGACGAUGGACUCUUGUACGAGUCUGAAAGCUCAGGACAAUAAACGAAGUGUUCCGGUGCUCGACUCUUCUUCUUCACUUAGUACUUUUACUACUGGGAACAGAGCUGCAUGCUGUCAAACCUACCAUCCACGUCUAAUUAUGGGGUUUUCCCCAGCAUGACCCGUGGCCAUCUAUCCAUUAUAGCGGGUCUGUCAACAGAUUUAAGCACUUGUCGCGAGUUCAGUCUUUCAAACGCGUUUCAACGGUCACCCCCUGUGUCUAAAUGCGCAUCUCAUUUUGUGCUGGUUGCGUCAUGUCCCGCCCUUCCUCAAACCGGUUAGGACUAUCCACCUGGCAGUGCUUUAUCAUCUUGUCCUAUUGAGAAACGGAGCCCCCCCCCUAUUACGUCCUGCAAUCAGUCCCGAUUGGUCGAUACCGCUUCCGUGCGACAUGACAUAUUCCUGACAUUGCCCUAUCCGAUGGCCCAGCUGGUAGGGUGUUGAACUAAAUGACCGACUGGUUCCGUGCUAAAAUAUCAGGUUUUUCCCUGCAACUAGUCAAAAUUCUCCUCUCCCUGAACCAUUUGAUCGACAGAUGACACUGCUUUCAUCUCUUUUUCUAGCUGCGUCAUGCGAAUGAAGACCUUUCAAAGAGUUCCCGCAUCAUUUCCAGCAUGUACCGCCGGUAAGUCUGUACACCGUCCACUGUCCACCGUUGAAAAGUAAAAGCGAUCCAUCAGAGGCACUUAUGCCUUCUUUCGGGGGCGUCUGACUAAUGAUUGUCGUCCCCUACGUUGCGUAGGCAUCCCCAGUCGUCAGAUCACGCAGAUUUUGACUUCUUUUCACCCAUUACUGGCUUAGUUAGGUUCAAACCCCUAGGUGCCCCUAUUUCCUCCAGUUCGCCUUUCUCCCAUUCCUCCACCCCCCUCCCCCGCCCUCUGUAUUUUGACAACCGGGCUGGAAUCGCACAUCCAGCCAUUUUCUUAAUUCACAGAUCUCACAGUAGCACAAUUGACCUGACACUGCUGCCCGAGUUGUUAGCUUUCGCUUAUGAGGACAGAACGUUUCUGUGCGUUGGAGGUUCUCAUGGUCGCACAACCGCACCGCCAGGAUGCCUCUUAGUCUUUUCUUUUCAAUCAUUCCGUUGUUCCCAGAAAGCGCGUGAUUUUGAGACUGAUUAGGCAUGAUUAACAGUGACUCCAGACUUCCUUGUCUUUGUCGGUAAUAACGUUCUGCCUAUAUCAUGCACCGCUGUGCGGCUGCUGGUUGGGCUAGAGGGAGAGCCCAUAAGGCACAACAGGACGAGUGAGUUCCGUAAGAACGAUAGGUGAGCACCCCCUACCAUUGUAUAUUCCCGAUCGCAACCGACAGGACAACGAGCCCGUGGCUCAGUCGCUAGUGGCGUUGGACUCCUAACUAACAGGUCGCGGGAUCGAGCCUCAGGUGUUCCACCCUUCGGGGGGUUGGGCAUGACUGACUGACGACGACUAAUAAGCCAGAAAUGGCCAUUCCAGUCUCCCUUGUCUUUGUCGGUAAUACCAAAAUUAGGUAAGUUUUGGCAUCGCCCACUGCUGGGCACAGGCUGGCCCCAAUCUAGACGGAUGCAUCCACCCAUCCGACCUUUAACUGCAAAUGUGCCUUACCGUCUUUUCUCGUCCGUGAGGUACUGUCACCGGUUCCCCUGCUGUUCGAUUUAAGUCAGCAGCUUUCCAAGGAUACCAGGAGAGUCUACGACAGCCUCUUGGCACAUUCUUUAAAUGGUUAGAGCGUGUGUUAGGUCAGUGUCAUCGUAUCGUCAAUUUUGUGCAUAUAAGAGGUCUGUCUCACACUCCCUCAGCAAAACAGUCACGUAGACUGACCGGGCCUUCGCCCUGUAAGCCUAGCAGACGGGAAUAUCGAUCAACUUUCACACAGUCGAAAGGUUAUAUGCCUCCCAUGCUUCCAGCGAGUUUGAUGACCACUUUCCGUGUAAUUUGCUGUCGCCUUUUCUCGCGUGUUUAUCAAUUCCUCCCCCCCCCACCCCACCGAGGUGACUAGCGCGUUAUGUUUCGGCAACAAACUGUUUUUGGCGAUCAAUCAUCACAACUGGGGUUUGCUCUCCGGGUUAGGCAUGACUGACGUCUAAGUCAACCGAGAAGUGAUCAACACAGUCUUCCUCGUCCUUGUCAGUACCGGUCGUCACGCGACUGCCCUCUAGACGAGCAUGUCGCGUAAUCUGAUCACCGAAAAUGCGAGUCCCAGGAAGCAGGUAAGAAGUAAGUGCAACCGCGGUUUCGGCAUGUGUUCUCGGUCGCCGCCAUUCUCCUUGACCAUGGUGCCAUUUUGUGGCCUUUGUCUCUUCUCGAGUAGGUCUGAAAAGGCAGUUAGGAUGCGAACAAACGUGUGUAACUGUUGAGUAAGCAGUCAGUUGACGUCCAGGCUUCUUUCGUAUGUUUUGAUGUGUGGUCGUAACCUCAGGGACGCAGGUCGCCGUCUCGGGGUCGAGCUCCUGAACGGAAAAUGUAAGUCUACCCAGUCAGUUUGACCGUCGUAAAGGACAGCUGCUAGCUUAUGCUUCGCAUAUCCCAGACACAGAACAGCGAAUUGAGUGUUAAUUAGAUUCUAGUGAAGGCAGCUUGCGAAGCAUCCACCGUACUCUCCUCCUGGUGGCAAGACAGAGCCAGGACGGCCAGCGGCGGCGGCGGCAGGAUAAACCGUGCCACGCUGCCACCAAAGCAUUACAUCCAUUGUCCCUACCACCAACACUUCGAUUUACUUCCAAUCUCUCCCCGCUGCAACCACACUGUCUCAUCAUGCAUAGACUUGGUUGGUAGCUUGCGAGUCCAUCAUGUCGAAGCCCCGGCCGCCUUUACUUACUUGUACUUGUACUUGAUACGGCUGCGAUCAUGCCUGAUCUAGCCGGCCUCGGUGAUGUCCCGAAUUGUACCUCUCCACGCGUGACGAUCCGCGGCAGCAGAUCUAGACAGCUCAACCCAUUCCCUUCGCCAACGACGGAGACCGAAUACCGAAGGUCCAAGAACCACCUCCAUGUCUUGACGGACAGUGUCGAGCCAGGUUUUGAACUGACCCCCUCUUCGACGCCUCCAAUGGGGCAACGGUGCCGGAUCGAGGGCAGUAACACUGAGCUCCUGAGGUGGACGACUAAGAACAUGCCCAAACCACCUCAGUCGUCUUUCUUGGAUGGCCUGAGUUAUCCUCGCGAUGUUGUCGCAGCGAGCGCGGACUGUCUCAUUUGAGGUAAAGUCGGUGAACUUCACUCGAAGGAGGGUCCUCAAGCAGUGGUGGUCAAAUACCUCCAGUUUUCGCUCAUCCGCCACGCGCAAAGCCCAGCAUUCACAACCGUAGAGAAGGACAGACCGGACAGAUGCACGGUACACGCGAAUCUUAGUGGCGAUGGAGAGGUCACGCCGGUUCCACAGGCAUUUCCGAAGGCUUGAAAAAACCCAGCGGGCAGCAUCUAUUCGGGAGACAAUGUCGUCCUUACUCUGUCCAUUAGGCAGCAGCCGCGCCCCGAGGUAUUUAAAACUGUCCACUUCUUCAAGUUGACAGCCAUCAAUCCCCAGGGGUGCCUUCUCCUGGUCACGGAUGCAACUUGAGAAUACUUUGGUCUUCCCAGCGUUUAUGGAUAAACCGACUGAUUUAGCGACCUCGUUCACCCGUGACACCAUAGACUGUAGAUCACCAAAAUGUGAAGCAAGUAAGGCGAUAUCAUCGGCAUAGUCGAGAUCAGUCAGUCGAUGUCCGGGUGCAAAUUCAACACCGUCACUGUCGCGUAGGGCCCACCCGAGGAUCCAGUCAAUAGCGUAGUUGAACAGUAUGGGUGACAGGAUACAACCCUGUCGGACGCCAGACCGAAUACCGAACGGUUGGGCAAAAUUGUUACGGACCAGGACUCUCGCAGUAGUGGAACGAUAGUAGGCCUUGAUCAUGGCGAUGAUUUUUGCCGGUACACCAUCUAGCGCCAUUAUCCGCCACAGGGACUCACGAUGAACGGAAUCGAACGCGGCAGCAAAGUCAACGAAGCAGACGGCCGUCGGUUGUUGGUAGCUAUGGCGAAAUUCGAGAAUGCGCCUCAGUGUGAAUAUCUGAUCUGCGCAUCCACGUCCAGUACGAAAUCCGGCUUGGUUGGGCCUCGUCCUUGAGUCACGCACAGCCUGGAAUCGUCUGAGUAGGGCAAUAGCGAAGAUCUUCGCAGCAACGUCGAUGAGACUUAUGCCGCGGUAGUUCUCGCAUCUCGUCUUAUCUCCCUUCUUGAGGAUAGGUACAAGGAUGCCUAAGCUCCAGUCAUCAGGAACAACCUCGUCUCUCCACGCUCGUUCAAUCACCUCAUGGAGCCAGGGCGCCAGAGUGUCGACACAAGACUUAAAGAUUUCAGCGGGUAUACCGUCCUCUCCGGGUGCCUUAUUGUUGCGCAACUUUCGUAUGGCAUCGGCGACUUCUUCCUCGGAGGGGGGAUCGCAUGGCACUGCAUAGGUAGGAGAGGGGCCGCCUUUAGCCCCGACAUGUACCCGUCAUACACGCCCCAAUUUUCCACAAUGGCCCUGGACCUUCAGACGCCUCAUAGGUCAAUCGAUCACAGGCGUAUCCAUAACAGCGGGGGUCGCCGCGUCAGCGAUUGUUGCCUUAGUUGACUGUUUGCCGUAUCUCCUCCACUGGUGUCUGGAUAAUCACACUAUGCCAAAAUACUUCUCCGACACACACAUCUGGUCAGGUCGGAAUUGGUGGUUGAGAUUGUGGGUUGUCAAAAAUGGUAAGAUCUGGUCAUAUAACCCCACCUGAUGGACACAAUACUGUUGGGGUUAGGGGUUAAGGCAACUAUUUCUCAACCACCCUAAGUACAACCGCGUAUUCCCAAUAGCUUUUCUUUUGCAAACAACUACUUGACCUCGUCUCCUGUGCGUUCCCCCGCCCCAACUGUAAAAAAACCCUUAUUACCACCGGUUCCGUAUUAGAGGUGGCUGGGGUUUGUUUACUUCAGAUGUGGCUACUUAACCACAUCUGAUCAUCAAAACACAUUAAGGAAAAACCUGAAGGUCAGCUGGCCGUCCAAUCAACGAUCGUACUUUCUUGCCUGCAUUCUAACUGUCUUUUCGAAAAGAAACGGUCAUCACGUGAGACCACCGGGGUCACUAAUGAUCGCCCAAGAUGGAGAAACUGGGAGUUCGAUAAGCGCCCACAACUAAUGCUGUCCAUCCACACGUCAGGUGCAGUAUGCAUGCAACCCACGCGCCACGUAAUGAGAGCCGUUUGAUGCGUCGUAAUAUAACUGUGCCCCUAGUGUACUCCUCUCCUUCUUUUGAUAUGCUUCUCGUGCACAGUACCGUCACUGCCUAGUGCCCUGCUAUCGCCAGUUCCCGUAGAUUCCCUCCGAGAUAUAUGCGGGGUACACGCAUCAUCCCCGGCGCUGGUGUGCAUAGCUAAUGCAAGACUGACGGCCGUUAUCGGUAGGUGGCGUCGGCCAGAUGGAUCAGUUCUCUGCAGGGGGAAGCUGCAAUUGUGAGUUGAGUGACGUCGCAGCCUCUAAAAGACCUACUGCCUCCGUCUGUCCGUCUCGCGUGUUUUAUCGGAGACGCGACUUGGCACAGAAUGCCAUCUACGCACUUUUGGUUCCCUGCAAACUGCCGCCCAGCAUCCCCUCCAUCCCCACCGCGCGUUCUCACCGUCGGUCCCGACAGUCAAAAGAUUUGGCAGGCCACUGCAUGUCGUAGCGGUCUUAUUGGAUGUCUCGAGAAUCAGAGGAUUGAGUGUGAAUUGGACGGGAAAGGCGGGGAAAGGGAAGGGACUGGUAGACGUGGGAGAAGCGGGUUGUGCAGGCUGGGCUGGGAGAGAGGUCCGAGUGAGUGCAGAGGGGGUAGGGAGGAGAUAUAUAUAUAUAUUGAGAGAGAGAUUUGACUGGGGAAACAAAGCAGCGUGGAAGGGGUGAGAAGAGAGAACAAGACGGUUAUUCUGGAAAGCGACUUGACAGAGCGGCAGCGAUGCAGGGAAGGGAGGAGUACUGUACGAUGGGGGCAGGAAGAGGUGAUAAGCGGAGAAGAAGAAGGAGGAGGAGAGAAAUCGGAGAGCUGGAUGAAUGGAAGCGGUAAAGUAGGUACAGUAUGUGUGGGCGCGUGCGUCCGUCGAGCCUCGCAUGAAACAACGACCUUCAGACUUUUGAGUACUAAUCACUGUGGAUGAGAUGGCAACUGCGAGGCACGUAGUAUUUAAUGAUACAGGAGCAGGACACAGAAAUACAACUGCCCUCCCCGCCCAUCCUGGGAAUCUUGCGAUGGUUUCCAGGGAGAUUGGGUUCAGGGCUAAGGUUAGUUUUAGGGCUUGGCUUGUGAUUACAAUCAAUUCUCGGCCUGUUUUGUUUCCGGCGUGGGCGACUAUUUUGGUGGCUGCGAAGUUAAACUCGUGACCCAUUUCGUAGGUGUGGGCGGCCACUUGUGAUAAUACGUCGUCUCGUCGCACAGUCAGCUUGUGUUCGUGUAUGUGCUAUCCGGGCAUACGCCCAGUCUGCCCUGUGUAGUUACAAGGUCAAUUUUGACACGGAAUGCGAUACACUACUCCAGAUUGCUUUUCAGGGUGUUAUUCUAUUCAGACCGGAUUCUAAACAGAGAAUAUGCUUGAUCGUUUUGGUACCAUCAGCAGGCUGUAGGCUUCGCUUAUCUAUUCCAACCGCAAUCUGCGACUAACUUGCAUGAGCCCGAGGAGUUGCUCUUCGUUGAAGGCACGGUGAUGCAUAUUUCUCAGAUUUUGUCAGUGGACUGAAUUCUGUUUUCGCCUUUAAAAAAGUUUUGUAGAAUGUCGAGUGGACCACCACCACCUCCGCUCAUACUUCCUGCUGUUUGCAGUAGGCAGGGUCCCGAACGUGCGUGGGUGGCAGCUGUUUACCUAACUACGUUACACCAACUCGUAACCCUUCUGUCGAUCGCACGUAUUUAGGAAAUAUAUCCUUUUCUGAUUCGCGAGUUCCAAUCGGUUCAGCUCUUCGCGCCAGCAUUGUCGGACCCCCGUCGAGUAGCCAGCGCCGGAAGGUCGCGCAUGACCCGACGUUGUGUCAGUUUCUGACUCACGCGCUGACUUGGUAGAUGAGACUGGCCCGCGGCGUGGUGGCGGUUCCCUGCCUCCCAUGCCUGUCGGACAACAUGACCAGUAGGUCGAGUUCCGACCCGUCCCAACACCCUUUGUGGUAUGCCUAACUGAACGUCAGCGCGAACCGCUAGCAACCAAGACAUUCGAAACCAGGAUAAGGAGUGCAGUGAUCACUCCUCGAUCGCGGGGAUCGCGUCCUAUAAUUCCCCGCGAAUAGUGAAAAUCCGCUAAGGUCAUGUGUUUUAUGAUUAUGUAUAUUUGAAAUAGGUAGGAUUAUUUGGGAACAAAAAUAACCUUUAUUGCGUAAAUGUGGCAUCUAAGUCGCUAUGCCGAUUGAUGCAUGCCUCAUUUGAGUGCACUGCUUCCAGAAAUUCGCCGUCUUUCCUCAUUGGGCAGGCGCUAACAAUGCGAGUGUUCUCCCAUGCAAAUUUGUGUCCAGUGUUCAGCGUUUGCUAGCCACCUGGGAUACAUGAUCUCGUCUCCUCGCCGCCAACUGAUGCUCAUGUAUGCGGGUUAAGAGGGACUUUCCAGUCUGACCACAAUAGAUGGCAUCACAACUGGCACACGGGAUCUUGUAGACAACACCUUUCCUAACGAGAUAGUCAACCCUGUCCUUAGGGUGUACAAGCUCUGUACGCAAGCUAGUGCCGGUUUGUGCGCUACUUGUGUCUGAUGUUUUUCCAGCUGCCUUUCAACGAUCUCAGAGUAAUUUUUCACGUAUGGAAGAGUCCACCAGGUAAAUGUUUUUGGUGCCUGGGUGGCCGUAGUGUCCGAAAUACCUUUCUGUUUCAUGCAGUGGCGUACGAAGUCACGCGGACAACCGUUGUGGGAAAAUAAUCUGAAGAGGUAUUUUAUCUCUGCUUGAUAACUUUCUUUAUCAGAGCAGUGUAUUUUGGCUCGGUUUAGCAGGCUGUAGACGGUACUGCUCUUGUGCGAAACGGGAUGGUUACUCUCAAAAUGUAGGAUCACCGCUGAAUAUGCUUCUUUGCGAUAAACGGAAAUCUGAAGGGAUCCAUCAGGUUUUCGGCGUACAAAGACCCUCACAAAACCUUCCACAUUCUUACAAGCAUUCAUCACACAUACACAUAGCAUAGACCCUUUAUAUUCUCUUAUAUACGUUUGAAUUAGGAUACUAAACCGCGUGCUCUAAUUGGGUAGCUCCUCAGCCAUGCCCCAAUGGCGUUCUGCGUAUUUGGUGAAGUGGGCAAGCCAAUUGAGGAAGCAUGUGCCGGAAAUAAAAAGGCUCCUUGUCCACAGAAAUCCGCGAAUCAGUGAAAAUCUGCUGUAUGUAAUUUAGAUGUACUCGCAUGCAAAAUCCGCGAUAGAGCGAUACUUUAAAAGUCGAAGCUCUAUAUCACGAGGGACUACUGCAUAUUUCUUUGUCGUGCCGUCGAACGGCGCCGGGAUUCAGUACUUAUCUGGGGAAAAAUCGUUUAUCUAGUGUGGAACAAUCUGCGUUUAGCAUCGUCGCACGUGAAUUCCGCAAGCUCCACCUGGGCGUCUAGUUCCCUUUCUGUCAUUGGCGCCAAUUUGGUAAGAUGUGGUUAUGCAGCCGCACCUGAUGUACACAAUACUGUUGACCUGAUUAAUUAUUUUGAGUUGGUGUGAUUACAUAGACAUUGUGUUGCUGGGCGUUGCGGUGUGUUCUGUUGGCGGCCUUGUUUGUUGGUUGUCGUGUCUACCUUUUUCGGCCCAAUGCCGAUGGUACUUCUUGAUUUUCAGCCUGUCGUCUCCUAAUUUUCGCGUUGGAUAUUUCAGAGUUUUUGUUUAGGGCUGCGGUUAAAGGUUGGGGCCUAAGCUUAGCGGUUAGGAUAACCGCACAUUUCCAAUAGCUUUUCCUUUGCAUACAAUUACUUGACCUAGACGCCUGCGCGUUCUCCGGCCCCACCUGCAAAAACUUAUUACCACCGCUCGCGUAUUACGGGCGGCUGGGGUUUGUUUACCACCACCAAACCCACUCCUGCCUCUUCCUACCUACCUCUGCUGUUUAUCAUAAGGCCUCCCAUUCCUGCACGCAUUUUGCCACCAAUAUUUCGACAAAUUGCGGCCCUCCUAAACCCCCUGACCGCCUAUUUUUGCACUCUAGAAUGAUCCAAAAUCGGGCAGUUCUGGCUGCCAUCGGUGUCCUCAUGCUACUCGUGUUCUUAGCCAUCAUCUACCUCGCCCUCUUCCGUGCUUCCGGCACGCCGCCGUCGCCGCCUUCAACGGUCUCCUCCUCCUCCUCGGCCGCCGCCAUCGCACCAACUGGGGUGACCGCCUCCAUGUCCAACGUUGCCAAGCCGGAGGCUGCACCUUGA